GUCCAUCCGUCCAUAGUCUAGCAAAUACCGUAUAAAUUGGACAAUAUACGGAGUAAUAUGUUUUGCUCUUCAUACACAAAUUCUCUCUCGAACAGAAAAAAUAAAAAGACCCAAAUGAAAAUCUCAAACAAGCCAACCAUCCUCCUCCUCCUCCUGAUAUAUGCUCUGUGUUCAAUUCCACCGGUCAUCGGCGUGGCGUCCGGGAAGUCCCCGGUGUUUCGGGAAUACAUAGGCGCAGAGUUCACAAACGUCAAGUUCUCCGACGUGCCCAUAAACCCAAACGUUGACCACUUCCACUUCAUUCUGUCCUUCGCCAUUGACUACAAAACCUCAUCUUCCUCUCCCCCUUCUCCUACCAAUGGCGAAUUCAACAUUUUCUGGGAUUCCCAUAACCUCUCCCCUUCCCAUGUCUCCGCCAUCAAGUCUAAGCAUUCUAAUGUUAAGGAGUAUGAGUUUGGAUAAAUUUGUAAUUAAGACUAAGAGGUCUUUGAUUGGAGGUGUUAGUUCUUCAAUUGUUCCUAAUCAGUCUAUCUCUAGUGUUGAAAAUGCCACUGCGUCAAAUGAAAAUAUUGCUAGAGAUGAGAGGAAUGAGAGGGACAAGAGAGCCCGAACAGAAAGUACACAUGAAUGGGAUAUUAUUAGUGAUCCAUUUUUACGAAAAUCAAUUAAUGAAUAUGCGCCGGGGAUUAGGGAUGAUGUGAUGAAGCAUAUGGAGCUUAAAGAACAACUCCAAGUUUGGAUAUAUGAGAUGAGUGGAAAUGAAGCAUUUUCCACUUUACAAAGUAUUGGUGAAGUGUCUAAGAAGAUGGUUGAGCUUACAAUUCACAAAUCUUUUCACUUGGUCUAUCGUCUUAUUGAGUUGGCUCUAGUGUUACCAGUUUCAACAGCCACAGAUGAAAGAGCUUUCUCAUCGAUGAAUAUUAUCAAGACAGAUCUUCGCAAUAAGAUGGGAGAUGACUAUCUUACGGAUUGCUUAGUAUGCUACAUCGAAAGAGACAUUUUUCAAGCAAUUGAUAAUGAAGCUAUUAUGCAGCAUUUUCAAAAUAUGAAAACUCGUAGGAUUGAUUUGCCUAGGUUGCAGAAGUAAAUCAAGUAGUAUGUAAUGAACUAUAAUUUUUUGUUAAAUUAUUACGCUAUUGUUGUUCUUAUUAUAUUUUGGACACGAACUUUAAAAUUUUUAGUCUUUGGUUUGCCCCUCCUUGGACAAACCUCUGGCUCCGCCACUGCUUAUAGUUAAAAGAAUGCAGUAAUUAGAAAUAGUAAAUAUCAAUUGCAUGUAUUAGAUUAUUUUAUAUUUGGGAUUUAAGAAUGAAAAAAUCUCAUUUCAAGAAAAGAAAAACUAAUAGUGGUACUUAAGAAAAUAUACAGUAUGUUAUAAAUAAGGGCAGGGUUAGACCGAAAUUUAGAGUAAUUACUACGGAAUACUCCCUCCUUCCCAUAAAAUUCUUCCUACUUUCCUUUUUAGGUCAUCCCAAAAAAAAUUCUCCACUUACCAUUUUUGGAUAAUUUGUGUCGUUCACAUUCAUUUCACAUUUUUCUUACACAACUCACAACCACACAUUUCCACUUUCUUAAUAUCUGUGUCGAGUCAAAGCGGAAAGAAUUUUGUGGGACGGAAGUAGUAUAUUUUAACAUCAAUAAUGUGAGCUAAAUAUAGAAAUGAAAAAAAAAUUACACCUAAAAGUUGAACAAAAUUAAGUUGUCAUGAACUUAAACUCACUAUAAUGCUACCAUAGAACCUCCUCCCUUCUCGGUUAAAAAUGUUGUACAUAAUGUUUCUUGUAGACACGUACUAAAUGUAUCUUAAUCUCUCUCUAGCUAUCAAAAUAAACUACUAAAUUAAUUUGGGAUGUCCCAAAAAUUCUUCUCAUUUACUCCCUCCGCUGCUAAAUAAACUUCACACUUUGACUUUACACAAAUUAAGCAAAUAAAUUUGACUUUACCGUAGAGUACACUGUUUGUGACACUGUUUGACACUGUUUUGCACUGUUUUGAUGUAUAUAAUUUGCCAAAUAAGUAAGAAAGAAGAAGUGUGAAGUUUAUUUUGGAGCUACCCAAAAAAGAGGGUGUGAAGUUUAUUUAGGACUGGAUGGAGUACUAUUUUUCAAAUGUUUUGUGUAGUUAAUUUUUUUUAGCUCAAAGACUUCAGCUAUCAGUGAGAGAAACACUACUAAAAUGUCAAUGUUUUGGUACGCAGUGCAAUUAUAAGGAAAAGGAUAAAUAAUAUUAUAGCUCAAUACUUCAGCUAUCAGUGAGCUAGAGAAACACUACUAAAAUGUCAAUGUUUUGGAAACAGAAAAAAGACUCCUUCAAGGGUAAAGAGUACUUCAGAAGUCCUUUAAAGGUCUUGCACACUCAAACCUGGAGGGAGAGAAUCGAGAGAUUGCUUCAACUUUUCAGCUUUCUCUGAAUCAAACACACACAGGGUAUAAAGAUACUUGGAACAGCGAACCUUGGAUUUCACUACAUCCUUUCCUCUCUUGAUCUUCACAGAUCUAGCAUCUUUCCUUCUAGCAGUAAGAAGGAAAUCUUGCUCAACAAGUUUUGUGUAGUUAAUAUUUAUUUACUUUUCUUAUUCAAUCACAAUCAUAUAUUUUCAUUUUAUUCUCAUUUUCUUAAUAGACAUAUAUACAAUUCAAAGCGGAAAGUAUUUUGUUGGGAAGGAGUACUAUGCAACGUUUUUACUCGAGAAAAUCACACUUUUAGUACAUGAAAUAGUCAUCAUAUUGAAAUAUUAAACUCAUUUCUCAUUUUAAGGUGUAAUACUUUGGUCUAACAUUUUGAGAUUGAAAUGUACAUAUUAUUCUAACAUUACUCGUGUUCAACUUUUAGGUUUAAAACUUUAGUCUUAACAUUUCAAUAUGUUGACCCGCGAGCGUCACCCUUUAAUUGUCCAAAUUAUUAUAAAUGUACUCUUUUGAGAUUGAAAUGUACUCAUCGCCCGGUGUACAUUUCACCUUAAAAGGAUCACAUUUAGAGCAUUUUGUACAAUUGAGAAGUGACAUUUAUAAAAUGGAGAAUCGAGUCUAACAUUUCAAUAUGUCUACUAUAGAGAUUAAAAGUGCGACUUUCUUGCAUAAUUUUGUCAAACACUCCUGCUUAAUAAUCACUCUCUCUUUUGUUAUAAAGGUAGCCGUCAGCUUAGGCGGCGACACUGUAAAUAAAGCCCCCGUCCGUUUUGCACCGUCUUCCGUCGAUUCUUGGGUUUCAAACGCCGUGUCUUCCCUGACACGGAUCAUCGGAGAGUACCACCUCGACGGCAUCGACAUAGACUACGAGCACUUCGAACCCGACUCCGACCCAGACACGCUCGUGGAGUGCAUCGGAAGGCUGAUCACAGCCCUGAAGAAAAACAGAGUGAUUUCAUUCGCCUCCAUAGCGCCGUUCGACGACGCCACCGUCCAGAAACAUUACACCGCUCUGUGGAAGCGAUACGGUGGCGUGAUAGACUACGUCAACUUUCAAUUCUACGCAUAUGAUGCGGGGACCACCGUGAAGCAGUUCAUAAGCCAUUUCAACAAGCAGAGGGAUGAAAACUACGGCGGGGGGAGAGUGCUGGCGAGCUUCGUUAGCGGCGGGGGAGGCGGGCUGUCGCCGGAAAAGGGGUUCUUUAAGGCUUGCGGCGAGCUGAAGAGGGAGGGGAAGCUCGAUGGGAUAUUUGUGUGGUGUGCCGAUGAUUCGAAAUCGAAUGGGUUCAAGUAUGAGAAGAGGGCGCAGGCUCUACUCGCCGACCAAAAAUAAUCUAUUAUCAUCACAAUUAUUACAUUGAUGAAUAAACAAAGUGAUAACUGCCUUUAUUAUUUCUACCUUUUUUGUUUUCUCUCCAAUAAUUGUUACAAGCGCCUUGUGAAAUAAAAAUAAAUUUGUUGGAUAAAAGUACACGUAGGAAGUCUU